UUGGCUAAAUGAGAAAUUUUGUUAUACUUCUGUCUUUUAUUAUUUUGACUUAAAAUCAAAUUGAUAAAGAAUUUAUUUUUUAAUUUUAAUAUAUUAGAAAAACACAGUGGGCUACAACUUUUUUUUUCCAAAAAAGAAAAAUCAUCGGACUCAUAAAUUGGGUAGGCAUCUAAUCGAAGGCGGUGGUAGGCAAAUGAUGUAUAAAAGGUAACCUAAAGCAAGCGCAGGAAGUAGAAAGUGGUAAGGCAUGGACGAUGAGAGCUUCAGAGCACGCGUACACAAAGUAUUCGGCUGUCUAUCGCCGUCGGCAUCGGUGUGGUCUCUCAGCGACGAAGAUGUGGAGAAGAAAGAAUGGAAUCGAAGCGCACUGAAGCAAGGGAAAGACGAUGAUGACCAUAACCUUUGUUCUUCAUCGUAUGAUGAAUUAUUCAAAAAAAAAUGCAGGAACAUCCAAAAUGUAAUCAAUGAUGAUGAAAAUGGUGUUGAUGAUGUUUGGGAAAUCAGAUCCUCUAUUGGCUUAGAUUCCACGCUUGAUAAUGAGACUACCUCUCAAGAAAAAGAUACAAUGAAAGAAAUAUUGGCUAUGAUGACAAAUCUUUGCCAAAAAAUAGAGAAAAUGGAAACAGAUGUACAAGUAUUAAAAGAAAAAGUUAAUAGUCAGCAGCAUGACUCAAAAUAUGCGGAGCUAAGUCAGCAGCAUGACUUAAAAAAUGCGGAGCUAGAAGGUGACGAUGGGAAACACCUAAAAACCCAAAACAAAAAGAUAUAUACAUCUGCAGGAAGCUCAGCUACAGCAGGAAGUACAUCUACCACAGGACCAUCUACAAAAAAGGAGGAAACUAAGGUAAAAUAUACGAAUACAAACAUGAAUAAAUUAUUUUCAAAACCAUAUACCCCUCAAAAUACCCAAAAAGAAGUAUUUGUACCACCACAGAUAAAUACCUAUAAAGCCAGCUUAGAUUCACAGAAACAGACAUACAACCACAUAACUAGAAUGUAUAUAGAAAACAUAUACAAGAUACAAACUUUUCUAAACAGAAACCCCAGAGCUAAAGAUACAAAAAAUCUGAAUGAAGACUACAUAACCCAAUAUCUACAAGGCUAUAAUAAACUAAUUGCACAACCCGGAACAAAUCCAAAUUUAGUAGCAACCUGCUACAACUAUGAAUUAUUAAGUACUGUAUAUACAAUAACGGGAGAAAAAGUAUCCAAGAUAUCAGAAUUAUAUAAAGCAUUUUUGCAAUACAAGAGAGUCAGUAAAGGGACUCUAUUUUACAUAAAGUUCUAUUCAGCUACAGCGGAAAUACUAUAUGAUGAGAUCAAGCCUACAAUACAAGCUAUAAAGAUAGGAUUAACUAGGAAAAUGAUAAUCCCUGAAAAUAUAGAUACGCAAGAAGAAAUACAAAAGGUGGAUAUUCCAGAGUUUUACGCAAAUAAGAGAACUAUUGGAAUAGCUACUAUAUUAAAUGAGAUAGCAAACAACUAUUUGAACGAAAAUGCAAUAUGGAGUUACUAUAAUAGAGAUCAAACAAUCAUCUACUCCAACUGUAGGAAAAUCCGAGCAGCAGAUAUGGAAGACCUAAGGCAGUGGAUAUUAAGCCUACUAAAACCAGAGCAGACACCUAUAACAAGAGCAAUUAGGAAAAAUUUCAUUUCUCCUAAUUUGAUGACAAGAUAUUGUAAAUUAAUAGGACAAAAAUAUCCUGAUCAUAUAUGUUCAAAGUGUGAAGGAGAAGAUAAUUAUAUUCCAGAUGUACAGCUAGAGUAAAUAUGUAAAAGUAGUAUGUAAUAUGUGUAAAAAGUAGUGUCGGCCAUAAAUAAAGUAAAAGGCCAAUAUUAUUAAAGUAUUCUGUCGUUUUGUUUCGGCCAAACAUAAAGUGGCUAUAUGUAAAAAGUAGUGUCGGCCAUAAAUAAAGUAAAAGGCCAUUAUUAUUAAAGUAUUUUGUCGUUUAGUGUCGGCCAAAUAAUAUAAGGCCAAGUGUAAAGUAUGUCGGCCAUUUCCUAUUGGCCAAGUUUGUAAAAUUGUUGUAUAAAUAGAGGGUUUCUCCCUCAGUAAUAAACAAGUUAUUUCUAAACAA